AUGUUUUUGUCUAAAAUUAGUGGUAGUCAUAUUAAGAUAUAUAAUUUUAACUUAAAAUUGUGUAGAAGAUUUUCAAAUAAUCCUGAAAUCCAGUCAAAAUUAUUCAAAACCCUAAAAGAUGAGGAGAACAUAACUAAUUUCCCUGUACAUAGCUUAAAGCUUGAUCUAAUCGAUAAAUAUAAAGAAAAUCAUUUAACAAAUGAAGUUUUAUCCAAGAAAUCAUUGGAUUUAUCAAAAAUUCCUAGAUGUGUAUCUUCGGAUUCCCCCUUAACAUCUGAUAUUUUAACACAUUCACAUAAUUGUGACAAUCUCUCAGCAUAUAAGGACAAUAAAGAUUUUAUUAUUAACUCUUUUAUCAACUUGCUUAAUUUUAAAAAUAAAAAUCCCGAUUUGUUCCAGUUCCUCUGUGAUUCAUUAUCUGUUAUUAUAAAGGAUUUGAAUUUUGAUGAAUCAUAUAAACUUAUAAAGGUUAUAUCUAAUGAAAAAUUAUGUAAAUCUAACUUUAAUUACAAGAUAUCAAAUAUUUUCCACAACUUACUGACAAGACUUAACCAUUUAAUCACCGAAAAACUAACAUACAACGGAGGAAUACUAAAGGUUAAUGAACUUCCUAAAUAUUCUGGUUAUUUAAAGGAAACAUGUUUGGAUAGAGCCGAAGGAAUUAAUUUUGAUUCUGACAAUCAUUUGGAAAAGCUAUGGAAUCUGUGGUUCAUAUUAUCUAAACAAACGUUUGAAGAAUCUAAAUACACUGCUUCUCUUAUAUUGGCACUGUUAGAGCAAGAAAGUGGGAGUAUAUUUAAGUUUGAUUUAAGGAGAGUGUGUAGAGCGUUGGACGUGGUCGUAGGGGACUGUAAAUUCUUCAGUAAAUUGGAAGAGAGGUUUAUUUUGAUACUUCUGAAGAGGUUUAGCGCAAUUUUAUCAAAUAUAGAUAACAAACAUGACCCGGAGUUUUACAUAAAGAGCAACAAUGUAACCCCUAUUCAAAUAAAGAAGUUUUUCUGUAACAUAUCAAAAAUAUCCAAAAUCUCACAUAAAAUCUUGGAGAACUUUCUAAAAUUGGAAAACAGCCAUAAAUCUUUACAAGAUUUUGUAAACCUAUCGAGUGUUCUUCUGAACAAUGAGCUUGAUAAACUGGAUGUUUCUCAAAGAAGUUUCGAAAAUUUGGACAGUGAUUGGAAUGGGUACUUCGACAAAAACUUAAAGGAAGUAAAUUAUAAACGUAAUAAAUUAUUUUUGAAGAUUUUUGUGGAUUCCCUCGAGAUUGUAAAGUUUCUGGACCACCUAAUUUUAUGUGAAACCAAUGAGUCUGAUGGCUCUAAUGUCUCUGACACUGAGGAGUUGAGAGAUAAACUGUUAAAACUAUCUCAUGACUUACUAAUAAAAAUUUCAGUUGAGUCUGAAGAACACUUAUUGCAAGAGUGUAGAAGUAUGUACUAUAUGCUCCUGACCUGUUCUCUAUGUAAGCCAACGAUACCUGAUACUCUGAGUGUUUCUAAACUCACUGAAACAAUCUCCAAUAAAAUCGCCCUUAAUGUUGAUAAAUUAACAUCAGACUCCAGAAUAUUAGCUGGAGAUUUAAAUUCUGGUGAGAAUAAAAGUUUGGGUAUGAAGACGGUUCAAUUCAUGCUUUACUGUGAUAAGAUAAAUUCCUUGCUCAGACUGUUGGGAUCAUGUGGAGAAACUUCUAAUAAAGUCAAUUUAUCAUGUGAGAAGUUGGUAAUUGAGCUUUUUAAAAACCAGGAGAAGUUACUCUCCUCAAACCAAAGCCAAGGUCUCAAGACUCUUUACGUAACGCUGCUAAACAAAUACGGGGUCCUAUCACCUGAGAUUUAUUAUGAAUUUCUGAAUACUCUGGAAGAUUGGCCAAAUUGGGAGAGGAAUGAACUUUCAAUGCUAUGUGACAUACUCUCAAGAACUUAUCCCAACUACUGUUCUAAGAUAGUAGGUGGAGAUGAUUUUCCUGAUAACCAACAGCUUUUAAACUCUAGAGUAUCUGAUAAGAUAAUUGGUUUGUUAGUAUCUCUAACUAAUUAUGUAUUCGUGGAUGAUAAUGUCUGUAAAUUCUCAAAUAAAGAACUCAUAUCUAUUUUGAACUUUCUAAACACUUGUUUGGAUGGUUCUAAGGACAAACCCAUAUCCACAGACUCUUAUAAUCCCACCUUUAUUGACUCAAUGAAACCCACAAUAAUGAAUAAAUUAUCCGAAAGGAUUAGUGAUAUGAACUUCAGCCAACUUGUAAAACUACUCUCAUUUCACAAUGUCAUUGAAGAAAGUUUUAGAGAUGACAUUGUUCAGAGGAUUCUAAACCUGGACUAUUUGGGCGAUAUUUCAUGCCUCGUUGAGUUAAAUGAUCCUAAGAUCACUUCAAAGGUUUUAACCAAGUUUAAAAUUAAAGUUGUGGAGGAAAGUUAUGUUACUAGAGAGAAGAGUCUAAAAACUAAGUUUCUAAAGCAUUACAAGAAACCUCAGCUAAAGAACAACUUCGUGAGUAAGUCAAAUUACGAAACACUAAAAAUGCUAAUUUAA